CGCAGUUGUGGGGGUAACAGCAGCGAGCGAAGCUACCGUCAACGAGCGAAUGGAGUGUAGCAAAAUGAAAACAGUACAUUAACUUUGCCUUUCAGUUGCUGCACAGACACGGAGAUACUUUGUCGGAUAAGCCAUUACAUUGUCAUUUUUUCUGCCGGAAGAGCUCCGCUUGGUUAACGCUGUCAGCCGCCGGGCCUCGUCGUCGCGGCCCAGCAGGACUCGAGUGAAGUUGUGAGCGGACUGCCAAACUUCUGCUUCCUCCAGCGUCUCUCCGCAGGGCCCGGGGCUCCUGUCACCGGCCCUGUGGAUGAGGAAGUGAGAGCGAAUCCAAUCCCCUUCCCCAGGAGAAAGGAAUCCCUUUGAUGGGAGAGUCCUCUUUCCUGGCCUCCUGGGUCAAUCGCCGUGCCAUAAUGAUGGAUGAGCAGGAGGCGUUGAACUCGAUCAUGCAGGACUUGGCCGAACUGCACCGCUCCAGCCGUCCUGCCAUGUUCCUGUCGGACCUUGGAAAACCCAAAGCCUCUUCGCCCAAGAACCAGAACGACGUCAGAGUGAAGUUUGAGUUCAAAGGGGAAAAGAGGAUUCUGCAGUUCCCUCGACCUGUCAUGCUUGAUGACCUGAGGUCUAAAGCUAAAGUGGCUUUUGGUCAGGCGAUGGACCUUCACUACUCCAACAAUGAGCUGGUGAUUCCACUGACCACUCAGGAUGACCUGGACAAGGCAGUGGAACUGCUGGAUCGUAGCGUUCACAUGAAGAGCCUGAAGAUCCUCCUUGUUCUCCAGGUGUCGUCUCAGAACUCUUCUUCCAAUAUGGACCUCAUGCCGUCCCACGAGGAGCUGGACAACACAGGAUUCAGGGUCGCUGAAAAGAAGAGUAUGCUGGCUUUGAUAGGUUCCCAUUCGACAGAUCGCAGCUCUCCUCCUCCUGGAUACAUUCCCGACGCUCUCCAGCAGGUGGCGAGGAACGGCUCCUUCACCAGCAUCAACAGUGAAGGAGAGUUCAUUCCUGAGAGCAUGGACCAGAUGUUGGACCCACUGUCCAUGAGCAGUCCAGAGAACUCGGCGUCUGGAAGUUGUCCGUCUUUGGACAGCCCACUGGACAGUGACUAUCCAAAAUCCAGGAUGCCGAGAGCACAGAGCUACCCAGAUAACCACCAGGACUUUCAAGAAUACGACAUCCCGGUGUUUGAAAAAUCCGGUAAAGGGGGAACGUAUCCUCGACGAUAUGGCAUUCCCUUUGGCCUUCAAGACUACAGUGACGGGAGGAAGACCUUCCCUCGGGCUCGGCGGACGCAGGUUCACGGCUUCCGCUCACCUGUCAGCUUUAGUCCAACCGAGCAGUCGCCCAGCACCAGCAGUGGCAGCAGUGUGUUCACUCCCGACCUCGAAGAGGCCCCAGGACCUGCCAGGAGGCCGAGGAGGGGCAGUGACAUUGAGCCCAACCCCAAUGCAAGUGCUGCUCCCACUCUAUCCGUCAUGGACAUCAGUCCACCCAGUCGCUCCCCACGCGCUCCAACCAACUGGAGGCUGGGAAAGCUGCUGGGUCAGGGUGCUUUCGGGCGGGUCUUUCUCUGUUACGAUGCAGAUACCGGACGAGAAUUGGCGGUCAAACAGGUACAGUUUGACCCAGAGAGUCCAGAGACCAGCAAGGAGGUGAGCGCGCUGGAGUGUGAAAUCCAGCUUCUGAAGAACUUGUGCCAUGAGCGGAUUGUCCAGUACUACGGCUGUUUGCGAGACACGAUGGAGCGAACACUCUCUAUUUUUAUGGAGCACAUGCCUGGAGGAUCCAUUAAGGACCAGCUGAAGUCGUACGGCGCACUGACGGAAAACGUAUCGCGCCGAUACACCCGGCAAAUCCUGGAAGGCGUUUCCUACCUGCACAGCAACAUGAUUGUCCACAGAGACAUUAAAGGAGCCAAUAUCCUUCGGGACUCGGUGGGCAACGUGAAGCUGGGAGAUUUCGGAGCAAGCCGGAGGCUGCAGACCAUCUGUCUGUCAGGAACAGGCAUCAAAUCGGUCACUGGCACCCCCUACUGGAUGAGCCCGGAAGUGAUCAGUGGAGAGGGCUAUGGCAGGAAGGCUGACAUCUGGAGUGUUGGCUGCACGGUGGUGGAGAUGCUGACGCAGCGACCUCCGUGGGCAGAGUUUGAGGCCAUGGCAGCCAUCUUUAAGAUCGCCACCCAGCCGACUAACCCGGUUCUUCCCGCUCACGUGUCGGACCACUGCCGAGAGUUUCUCAAAAGGAUCUUUGUUGAGACCAAGCAGCGCCCGUCUGCUGAUGAGCUACUGAGGCACAUCUUUGUACAUUAGUCCCAACCCUUGAACCUUAAAACCCCCACUCGCCCUGCCGAACUGCCAGAUACGGCCUUACCCGACGGGGCGUCCUUGCCUCUGACCCCAUGCCCUUCACCUCCAAGCCAAAACCACAUGAGACCAGGUAGAUCUGGCUAGAAGAAGGCUGGGUGUGCAGGCAGAAGGUGACACUUCCUGCGUCUCCUGUCUCUGUUUGUAUGAGACUGCCAUAAAGGGCAUGAAUUUAUUUUAUUUUUCUCUGCAAGUUGCACCUUAAUUUGUCAAGAAAAAAAGAAAAAAGAGGGAUCAAGCAUUUCCUCCAGAAGCGAUGGAAAAACAACUAUUUGAAAAAUGUUGUCUUUUUAUGUUUGUAUGGUUCCGGUUUCCUGUCUUCAAAUGUUUUGGAGUGGGAUAGUGUCGGUAUUGUGGACCUACAGGAGGCGACGUCUGACUCUCGAGUGGCUCCUCCCCCCCGUCUCGCUGACCCGACCCUAGAAUGUAGUCUCCUGCCAAAAACCCAGAGUGAUGGUGAUGACCUGGGCCCGCUGCUAUUGAUAAAACUUAAACCCAUCUUGUGGAGAACACUCCUCCCAAACGGUUUCCACUCACCCUCUGGUCUGGUCAGAUGAAAUGUGUUUGUCUGCUUUAAUGUCUGAAAUCUACCUUCCCUCCUUUAUAUCUCCCCCCCACUCCCCCCCAUCUCUGUUCUUUGCCGUGUGCCUUUUCUGUUUUUAAACACAGUGUAGGAAUGAGUAUCCAGUUCGGUGGUAAUUUUCCACUUUUUCUUUCUUUUCUUUUUUUGCCUUCUGGGUGAACUGCCUUCACACCGUUAGCCAAAAUCCAUCUGAUCUCCGUUCAGGUGUCGUGUCCCGUUUCUGCCGCUCGGCUCAUUUGGUUUGUUGAAACACUGCUGGUUUCACAGCAGUUAAAGAAAUUGGUACUCUUGCUUCCAGUUAGGUCGAUUCUUGUCUUCAAAUGCUCAUUUUUCACCUCUACUUCUGAAAUGAGUCAGUGGUGGCGCAAUUUGAGAUUGAGGUGGAUUAGCUGUGGUGAAUAUGCCCGUGUAGGGUCCAUUACUGUUUCAUAUUGACAUUUCCUGGUACGUUGCUAUAUUUUUAAGACUAUUUAAUUGAACAUUCUGUGUUUAAUACAGAUUAGUACAGUAACAAGGUUUGAACUUAAAAAAAAAAAGGUACUAAAUAGGGAUGGAAAUCCACAGGGAUUAUAUCUAUAUUGCGAAACACUGAGUAUUAUAAUAGUCGCAUUUCUAGUUUAGUGUUUAUUUAGAGCUGUCAAACACAUUGCUUCUGACUUCUGUAAACAUAUGAAGCGUUGUUGGUUUUUUUAAGUAAACAAGACAGAGUCAUUAUUUAAGUGGUAAAACUGGUGCAUCUUACCACCAGUGGUACGUGCACUUCCUCUUGUGUUACUUGGAGGGAAAUCAGAAAUACUGUUCUCCUGUGUGAUGCCAGGGUAUGUGAUUGCGCUGAUAAUUUAACAAGAUUGUGAUUGAAAUGAGAAAAAAAGGCCUGUUUUUAAAAGUUAAAACAAUACAGUUGGAAUUUCAACAUGCUGUGACCGACCGCCAGAUGAUGCGUUGAAGCCCUGAAGUGAAAAACGAGCAUUUGAAAAUGUGUACAAAGUCACGGGGCCACAGUUCUGGCUGUUGUCUGAUUUUUGCGUCGAGAGGCUUCUCAGACAAAAUGUAGGACGUGUCGAGACGCGCUUCCCACAUGCUUCUCACCGUCUCACAUGCUGCUGGUCAUUUAGCCAGCCGGUACAUUUUCAGUUCAAGUGUCAAAUCAACUUUCUAUUUAUUAUUUUUGGCCUUGCAUGCACUCCCGCCGAACGUUUGUUUUACACUUUGUCACAGAGCUUUAUUUGUGAAUCGCAGUCUCUGCUGUCGCCGUUGACUCGUCGUCACUUUAAAGAAAAAACCACAAACACUCCGUUAAAUGUGUGUGUCGUGUCCCAAGUGUCCACGUCGCUACCUGAUCAAAGCGUUGGCUCCAUAUAAAAUGUGACCUCGACGACGAUUAGUCCAGAUUAGGAUUACAGUAGUGGCCCGUUGUAUGUUUGUUGGCUUAAGUGCUCCACCUUUUGCUCCACAGUGGAGGAAAUUUCUACACUGAUUAACUUUAUCCUCUUCAGUUCUUUUAUAGUUUAUAAAAACAAAUGUACAAUAUAUGCAUACUAACUGUAAAAUAAAUAAAUAAAUAAAUAUAUUUAUAAGCAAAUUUUCAAAACAUAAAAAAAAGAAGACAUCUUUAAUAUAAUUUUGGUUUGUGGACAAAACAAAGACGUUUGAAAAUUCUCAUCUUUUCCAGUUUUGGGCAACUGACGUUUUAUGAACCCAGUUAAUCCAUUAAUUGCUAAAUUAACGGACAGAUUAAUUGAUUAUGGGUGAGAAUAAAAGUUAGUUGCAGUCCUAAUUUGGACCACAUUAAUGAUGAUCAGACAGAAUAAUCAGAGUGAGACCUGGGACAGGACAGCAGGUGCAAUCAAUAGUAUUUUAUCAGCUAUUUACGUAAAAAUGGUACCUUUUUUAAGUUGCUUUGUUGACUCCAUUUGUUGUUUUUUGUAACAAUUUGAGAACACGACAAACGAUGCCCUAUUUGACCUCAUACUUCAGCCACAUAGUGGCAUGUUUUUAUUUUCCAUCUGCCCGUUUCUGCAAGGUACUUUGUGAAUGUCUGUCUGUGUGUUGCAGAUUGUUGUUGUUGUAGUUCCCCACAGUGUCCACUAGUUACCACUAUAGAGCUAUGUUUUAUUUAUAACUUGUUUUUUUUUUUCUUUUACUGAAGGCACUUCAAACUAAAAAUCAGAAAGAUCCAGACGUUUGUUACUCUGUGGUUCAUUUUCACCCUGAAGUUAAACCCGAUAAACAAACUCACAUUUUGUAUUUUCAAUCUAAACUGGUACAAAACUUUGCUCCAGAGAAGAAGAAAAAAUAUGGUACAAUAUUUUCAAAUCAGCCUCAUGUCAUGCAAACAUAAUUGGUUGAAUUUGUUGCGUGUUACUGUAACGUGUCAGUUGCGAAAGCUCUGGUUAACGCACUUAACGAUUAUCCACUGAUGCUUUUUACUCGAUUCCUUGGUUCAUCAGCCUUUCCUUUGCACAUUUUUGUUUUUAUUUCUAUUUUUUUACACAAGUGUGAUUGUGGUCGUGUGUGCGUUUGUAUGCGUGCGACGAUGACCUGUAUAUGAAUGUAAUGUCUCAUUUCUACCACCAAAUGGCCUCGUUCACCACAGUGAAUUAACUCUUUGGUACCAGUAUUUGCCACCUGCACCAAGAUCCACCUGUAGUUCUCUCUUCAGUGUCCUAAAGUCACUGCUGCCACUCGUAUGUGUGUGUAUGUGAGUGAGUGUGUUUAUAGACGUGCAUUUUACUGCAUAUUGUGCUCAUUGGACUCUGCGCCCAAAAGGCCUUGAGCAUUCUAACCGUAGGGUGUGAGAACGUUUAACUAAUUAUAAAAAAAAUUAAGAAAAGCAAAUUAAAAAAGUCAUGUACAAAUGUAUAAAAUGAAAAUGUACCUUUUUUUUAAAAAAAAAGAAAAGAAAAAGGAAAGAAAAGUUCCCUUAUAUCCCACAUGUUUGGUCUCUGUGUAUUGUAAAAGAAGCCAUGUUUAUAAUUCUAAUUGGUUUGUGACCAAUACGCCUGUUUAUAUCAGAUCUGUAUAUCAGUGGUACGCAUAAUUUUUUAAUAUAUAUUUUUUAUUUCACUUUUGUUUUUGUUUGUUUGUUUGUUUUUUUAAAAUGGGAGAUUUUAUGCAUGGUUGGGUCCUGGGAGACGCAGCGGUGCCAUUGAAUGGUUGCUGUUUUUUGGCAAAAAUUAUGGAGUAUUGCAACAGUUCUGUGUUCAUAAUUAGAACAAUUAUGACUAAGACAAUGAAAACAAUAAAAAAAAGAUAUUUAUUUCA